CUAAAACAAACGGAGCCUAAAUAAAACCCCAACGGCCCAACCCCUCUUUUCUCUCUUCGAAUUCCUUUACACUUUACAGACAACAAUGGCGCUGAUUUUCACGCUGUGACGAUAACCAAUGGCAGAGCAUCAUCAACAUCAGCAGCAAUCUCAUCCAACAAGAAAUCGUUGUUAUUCUUAUAACCAACAUCAAGACCAUAAUCACCAUCAUCAUCAUCAUCAUCAUCAUCAUCAUCCUAUGAGCAUGUCGCUCCCAAUAUUGCAAUCUCAGCAGCAGCAGCAACAACAGCAAUCAAAUAGUAAUGAUCGGAGCAGCGUCGAAUUGCGCGCUCUUGACUGUAAUCUGACUUCUCUCUGUGAUCACAUUCAAUUGGAGGGUUUUAACAAUGGCGUUUUUUCCGAUAUUAUUGUCCAUGCUAUGGGCUCCACAUACCAUCUUCAUCGCUUAAUUCUUUCGCGUAGCUCUUAUUUCAGGAACAUGCUUCAUGGUCCUUGGAAAGAAGCCUCCGCUCCCGUCUUAAGUUUGCAGAUAGAUGAUAAAAAUGUUAAUGCAGAGGCCAUUGAUAUUUCAUUGGCAUACCUCUAUGGACACCAUCCUAAGCUUGAUGACAACAAUGCAUUCCGUGUUCUUGCUGCGGCAUCCUUCCUUGAUCUCCAGGAACUGUGUUCUAUAUGUACAGACUUUAUUAUUGCUGAGCUGUGGACUUCAAAUUUUUUAGCGUAUCAGGUAUUUGUAGAAAAUCAAGAUUAUGGUAUACAUGGGGAAAGAGUUCGAAAUGCUUGUUGGGGCUAUCUUUGCCAGAGUGGUUUCAGGGAACUGAAAGAGGUUCUACCAAAACUUUCAUCCCAAACAUUGCAUGCACUGUUAACCUCAAAUGAAUUGUGGGUACCUAGUGAAGAGAAACGCUUUGAAUUGGCAUUACAUACAUUACUCAAGAAAAGUGCUUUAAACAAGGCUGAAACUCAAGAAAAGCAGAGUUCAAGUCUGGAGACAGCAGCGGCUAAUCAUAAUGACUUGUCUGAAUCUAAGGGGAAGAAUAUAACAGAUGCCUGCUGUACUAGAAAUUCGGAAGCUGAUAUGGGACAUGUGCAUCAAGUUGCCUGCAGUGAGCCGAAUCUGGAAGCUGGAUACCCUGGCAACAUAGAACAACCUUCUCUUAUUACCUACUACUCUGAUUCAGAUAGAAGUAGGUCCACUUCUUCUUCUUAUGCACUUGUGGAAGGUCCAUCUGAAGAAAGCCUAUGCUGCCAUUUUAGUAAUUCUAGUUGGCUAUCGGGAAAUGAUUCAAGGCAAUGCUCUUCAUCCUUAAUAAACUCUUCCUGCAAUGAGAUCAUGCCUGAUGAGUGGGGCAGAAACGAUUUGGCUUUUCCAUGGGGUGGAAGGAUUGUUGGAAGGAGGCAGGUGAAGAGCUGGGGUAAAGGGAACUGUGGUUUGGGAGGAGAAGAAUACGAUACAUUUAUCAACAUUUUUGAAGGGGGUUCAGUUUUAUAUUGCAAUAUGUCUUUUGAGGUCCUUUUAGAUGUGAGGAAACAGCUGGAAGAAUUGGGUUUCCCUUGCAAGGCAGUGAACGAUGGUCUUUGGCUGCAGAUGCUUCUCAGUCAGAGGGUGCAAGAAAUUGCUGCUGAAACAUGCAAAAAUUGCUGCCUUUUAGGUAUGGCAUGUGCAUGCAAACAGCCUUUCGCCUUUGCAGGUGCUGCAACCACAGGUUACUAUGUCCAAGCUCCCGAUUCACAUAAUCCACCUGGAAAUUUCGGUGAUUUGUAUGUCGCUGGUCCUGCUAAUGGUGAAGGAAAUGGUGCUUUCAGGCCAGUAAGAGUACAUGUUAGGGGUUCAAAUGAUGGACUUGCUGGCAUCGGACGUGGAGCUACACUCGUUCCUGCUUCUGCUUGGUGUCCUACUCGAUUUGUUUUUUCCCGUGUUCCCUGUGGUGUAGGUAACAGGAAUGGGCAGCAAUCUCUUGCUAAUGAUGAUCUGGAAAUGAGACCUGACCAACAUGGUGACAUGUCUGGAGAUGGGCUAACUGCUUUGGUUGGACUGAGUGAUGGGGGAAGAAAUGUUAAUGUUCAUGUAGGACAGUCAGAGAGAUCUUAUGAGAUGGAUAUAAGGAAUGGCUACAUUGGAACCUCUGUUGCUGGGCCUAGUGGUAGUGGGGUUCAAGUGGAAGAGUCUUCAGACCAAGAUAUUGAAAGCCAGUGGGAGAAUACCAGCAAUGCUUCUAUAUCAUUAGAUAUGAAGACACCUUUGAGUCACUUUCCUCCAUUUCGCUUUGGGGUAGAAUUUGCGGAUGUGCAUCGGCUCAAUGAUGGUCAGGUUAAGCACUCAUCAGAGGCAUUCUAUGCUGGUUCAUUUUGGAAGAUAAGUGUUCAAGCUUUUAAUGAUGAAGAUCCUCAAGGGCGUCGGACACUAGGCUUAUUUAUUCACCGUCGAAAGGCUGAAACAAUGGAUCCUCAAAGGAAGGUGCAUAUGCAUGUGGACUCUCGUGAAAAAGUUACAGCUCGGUAUCAGUUAAUCUGUCCGUCAAAGCGGGAAGUUAUGGUGUUUGGAAGCUUUAAACAGGCAGGUACCCUUUUACCCAAAGCUCCGAAAGGCUGGGGCUGGCGCAGUGCCAUACUAUUUGAUGAGCUUCCUGAUCUGCUUCAAAAUGGGUGCUUUAGGGUUUCUGCUGUUGUACAGCUUGUAUAGAAGUUGUGGCAGUCUCAUUCUCUGUCUCUAUUGUCCCUUUUUCACAUGAUAAAAAUAAAUGUUGUCUUUUAAUAUAGUCCACUUUUCAAAUGUUAA